AUGUCGUUAACCGAUUCAGCCGCCGUGGACGUGGCUCGCAGCGCAUCGAUUGCUUCUCGUCACCUCGCCACUCUCUCGAACAGAGCCCGAAAUGAUGCAUUGACUGCCCUUCACCAAGCCUUGGAUAGGAACCGCGAUACUAUCUUGGCAGCGAAUGCCCGAGACGUUGAGGCCGCUACGAGGGCCGCUAACGAUGGCACCCUCAAUCACAGUGUGCUGAAACGACUUGAUCUCUCACGACCCGGAAAAUAUGAAGACAUGCUCCAGGGGAUUCUGAACGUUCGGGACUUGGAGGAUCCAGUUGGCAAAGUGACACUACGGACUCUAUUGGAUGAGGGGUUGACUCUGGAGCGAGUCAGCUGCCCUAUUGGUGUUCUUUUGAUUAUUUUCGAGGCUCGUCCGGAGGUCAUUGCAAACAUUGCUGCGCUAGCCAUCAAGUCGGGCAACGCUGCGAUUUUGAAGGGUGGAAAGGAAUCCAUGGAAUCCUUCGUUGCCAUCGCAAAUGUGGUCUCCGAAGCCAUUGCCGGCUCUCAAGUGCCCGUAUCCUCGGUUCAACUGGUCAAGACCCGUGAUGCCGUUUCCUCCCUACUGGCCCAGGACUCAUUCAUUGACCUUGUCAUUCCCCGUGGAUCCAACGAAUUAGUUCGCUUUGUGAAGGAAAACACCAAGAUUCCAGUACUCGGCCACGCCGAUGGUCUCUGCUCGGCCUACAUACACUCGGAUGCUAAGAUCGACACCGCUGUGAAGGUCGUCGUGGACUCCAAAACGGACUACCCGGCGGCCUGCAAUGCGCUCGAGUCUCUUCUGGUCAACGAGAAGGUCCUCGAGACCGUUUUCCCAGCAAUCGCAACGGCCCUCCUCAACAAGGGUGUUUCUCUUCGCUGUGACCCGGCCUCCAAGGCGGUCCUUGCGAAGACACUUAAGGCCGAUCAAUUGGCUCAAGUCUCAUCGGCUACCGAGGCCGACUACGAUACCGAGUUCCUCGAUCUGGUGCUGGCCGUGAAGACCAUCCCAGAAAGCGGUUCUCCAGAAUCAGCCGUGGAGGCUGCCGUUGCGCACAUCAACACGCAUUCAUCCAAACACACCGAUAUCAUCCUGACCGAGUCACGCGAGCUAGCAAAUUUAUUCAUGAACGGUAUUGAUAGCGCGGGUGUGUUUUGGAAUGCGUCGUCACGGUUUGCGGAUGGAAUGAGAUUUGGCUUUGGCACCGAAGUCGGCAUCAGCACCAACAAAAUCCACUCUCGAGGACCCGUAGGCCUGGAAGGUCUGACCAUCUAUAAAUACCUGAUUCGAGGCAAUGGACAUGGUGCGGGGGAUUAUCAUGAUGGGCCAGGCGGUCGGAAAUAUCUUCAUACAAGCCUGCCUAUCAGCGAAUGA